AUGGUUCACUUUUUGCACCCAAGCCUCUCAUCCCGCACCAUCGUCGCUCCGGACGCUCAGAAAGAUGCCCUGGGCUGCUGCGUGAUGCAGGAGGAGGCAUCUCCGUACUCUUUGGUCAAUAUCUGCUUGAACAUCCUAGUCGCUAACCUGGAGAAAGUGUGUUGUAAAAGACCUGAUGGAACACUGUGCCUUCCAGAGCAUUGGAGUUUCCCCCAGGAAGUGGCUGAUAGAUUCCUUGGAGUCAUGACUUGGGAAGGCAAGCUGACUGAUAGAACAGCAAGCAUUUUCCAAGGCAACCAAAUCCAGCUGAAGCUGACCAAUAUACAGAAAGCUAAACUUUCUACAGCUGCAUUCAUAAAAGCCUUCUGCCAUCACAAACUCAUUGAACUGGAUGCUACUGCAGUUCAUGCAGACCUUCCAGUCCCAGACAUCAUAAGUGGACUCUGCAGCAAUAGCUGGAUCCAGCAAAACCUUCGCUGUCUCCUGUUGGACUCUACAAGCAUCCCUGGAGAUUCAAGAAAACUGUUCUUUGAUCAGCUCACUGGUCUUCGCAUUUUAAGUGUUUCCAAUGUUUGUUUUCAUAGUGAAGACCUGGCUGAUGUUUCUCAGUUACCAAAACUGGAGAGCUUGGAUAUAUCCAAUACCCUGGUCACCAAUAUCUCUGCACUCCUUGCCUGUAAGGAUCGACUCAAAUCUCUCACCAUGCACUAUUUAAAAUGCCUGACCAUGACCAAACCACAGAUCCUUGCAGUCAUAAGAGAACUUAAAUGUCUGCUUCAUCUUGAUAUUUCUGAUCACAAGCAACUCAAAUCUGACCUAGCUUUUCAUCUGCUACAGCAAAAGAAUAUCCUGCCUAAUAUUGUGUCACUGGAUAUUUCUGGGGGCAGUUGCAUCACUGAUGGAGCUGUAGAACUGUUUAUUCAACAGCGGCCUGCAGUGCAGUUUGUGGGAUUAUUGGCUACGGAUGCUGGUUAUUCUGACUUCUUUACUACAAAGCAAGGCUUGACGGUUGCUGGAGGAGCCAAUAUGAGUCAGAUUUCAGAGGCACUGGGCAGAUACAGGAAUAGGUCAUGUUUUAUGAAGGAAGCCCUCUACAGGCUGUUCACAGAGACGUUUUCAGUGCAGAUAACCAUGCCUGCUAUUUUAAAGCUUGUGACUAUAGGAAUGAGGAAUCAUCCACUGGAUUUGCCAGUGCAAUUCACAGCCAGUGCCUGUGCUCUCAACUUAACACGCCAGGGCUUGGCCAGGGGGAUGCCUGUUCGCCUCUUAUCAGAGGUCACCUGUCUACUUUUCAAGGCUCUGAAAAAUUUCCCCCAUUACCAGCAGUUACAGAAGAAUUGUCUUCUCUCCUUAACCAAUUCCAGGAUUCUUGUGGAUGUUCCAUUUGACAGAUUUGAUGCCGCCAAGUUUGUAAUGAGAUGGCUCUGUAAGCACGAAAACCCCAAGAUGCAAACAAUGGCAGUGAGCAUCACCUCUAUUUUAGCCCUGCAGCUCUCACCUGAACAAACCGCACAACUCAAGGAAGAGGUCUUCAUGGCAGUCAAAGAACUUCUAGCAAUAGUAAAACAGAAGAUGACUGAGAAUUUAGAUGAUGUCACCCUCUUGUUUACUUUGAAAGCACUUUGGAACCUUACAGAUGAGUCUCCAGCUGCCUGCAAGCACUUUAUUGAAAAUGAAGGAUUGGCAACCUACAUCCAGGUUUUAGAGACUUUUUCAGAGUCAGCCAUACAAAGCAAAGUCCUUGGCCUUUUGAACAAUGUAGCUGAAGUCAAAGAGCUGUCUUCUGACCUGAUGACCGAAGAUGUGGUGAGGCACAUCAGCAGUUUACUCCAUAGCAAAGAAAUGGAAGUCAGCUAUUUAGCAGCAGGCAUUAUAGCCCAUCUGGCCUCUGACAAACAGCCCUGGAUGUCCCGUGACCUUCAGAGAAUUGCUCUUCUCCAGGAUCUGCAUACAACCAUCCAAAAUUGGCCAAGGUCGAGUUGUAAGAUGACAGCAUUGGUGACCUACAGAUCUUUCAAGGCAUUUUUCCCACUCCUUGGCAACUUCUCUCAGCCAGAGGUUCAGCUGUGGGCACUAUGGGCUAUGUAUCAUGUCUGCAGUAAAAACCCCAGCAAAUACUGCAAAAUGUUGGUAGAAGAAGAAGGACUGCAACUUUUGUGUGAUAUCCAGGAACACAAGGGGGCAGAUCCCCAAGCACUGCAGAUUGCAACCUCCAUUCUAGAUGACUUCAGAAUGCAUUUCAUGAAUUAUCAGAAACUCCCUCGCUGUCAAAUUCCCUUAACCUAA